GUCAAUAAGAGCGAUAGCGAAAGGAAGACCGAACCGUUGGCGCAAUUGCAGUUCUGCUGUUUUAAAACGCGCACUGAAAUCAGAAGUUCGUUUGUGUUUCUUUGUCUAGUCCGUCGUGACUAAAUGAAUAUUUGAUUUCAGCACCAGACCGAGGACAGCGCGCUAGCAUGUGUUUUUACUAUAGUAAAACGGGGUAAACUACGGGGAUCAGCGCGGAAUGGCACCGCGGUGGAUCACGUUCACCGCUUUACUGUGGGAGUUGCAGUGCUGCAUGUGCCGUGAGGUCACUCUUCCCGCAGGGCCACUUUACCGGGUCGCAGGUUUCUCACUGUCCCUGCCCUGCUCCGUUUCGGGAUACGAAGGCCCGCAGACGCAGGAUUUCGAGUGGUACCUGUACCGGGAGGAUGCUGGGGGUCAGCAGAUGGGAGUGGUGUCAACACGGGACACAGGCUUUCCCUACACACCAUUCCAGAGUCGUGUGCAGGUCGGCGAGGUUCGGGUCGAGAGGGAUUCAGGAGACAAAGCAAGACUUAUCAUCCAGAGGCUGCGUCCAGACGAUCAGGGCCGUUACGAGUGUUACACGCCCAGCACUGACACCCGCUUCCUAGGGAACUACAGCUCAUCAGUGGUGGUCAAAGUGAUUCCAGACACGCUGCUCAUAACACACGCUCGAAUUCUGAGCGGCCAAACCAUGAUCGAAGGCACAGAGCUUCAGCUGACGUGCGCCGCAGCCGUCCAAUCAGAUCAGCACACUCAUGUGUCCAUCACGUUCCGCAUGCGCAGCAGCAAGGGGGCGGAGUCUCAGGGUCCCACCCUCAGUGAGAUCAUCUCCAUCGACCACGAGCUGCGUGUGACGCCGGGCCACAGCGCCACCUACAGGAAGAGAUACGGAGACGGAGAGAUCGCUGUGGAGAAGCGCCGAGGGGACGGAGGCCGGGAUCUGUACGUGCUGAAGAUGAGCGCCCUGGCCCCCGAGGAUUCUGGGUCGUAUUUCUGCGAGGCUGCGCAGUGGAUCAGAGAUCCGGAUGGCAAAUGGGAACGCAUCGCACAGAGGACCAUGGAGCUCGGGAAUCUCACCGUUCAACAGCUCGAGGUGCGUGUGUCUGCUAGCAUUGAUAUACAGCGGCGUCCGCUCCUGAAGCGUGGCAGCACCGUCACGCUGCUCUGUAAUGUCUCUGUGGACCCCAGCGGAGCGGCACGCGUCGAGAUGCAGUGGCUUCAGAUGCCGGCUCUCUCUGAGGACCGCGGAGGCCUGCUCCUGGCGACUCUGAGCUACGACGGUCUGACGCACAUCUACAGCAACGGCAGCAGCGAGCUGAGCGUGGACCGCGUGUCCGCCGGCUGCUUCAGGAUGAGGAUCUUCUCGGCCGCUGAGGAGGAUCAGGGACACUAUCAGUGUGGAGCGCAGGUUUGGGCGCAGGAUCCACGCGGAGGAUGGUACAGCACCGGCGCUGAAGCCCAGUCUGUGAGCGUUCACCUGUACCUGUACGCACGAGUCACUGAUCUGCUGCUCGUACCUCUCGUCAUCGGCGUGUCGUCGGCUCUGUUCGUGGGCGUCCUGAUUAUAUCCGCUGUGACCUGCUGCUUCGUGAACAGACAGCGCUCACACAUAUGGAAGUAGGAAGAGACUUUCAUGGAAAAACAUUCAGUUACAUACCAGAAAAAUGGGUUUUAAACAGAUUUAGGCAGACGUAAUGUGCACUCACAAUUGGGAAGGAAAUCAGAACGAUACUGAAAAUGUACAGGACCGUCACGUUAUAUUAAUCCAUAUGUGGAUGCUAACACUUGCAUAUACACAAAUGCACAUAGAUUUACCUCAGACUGUGACAUUGUGAAUUGCACUGUGACAAAGUUG